UUUAAAUUUAAGUCGGCAAUUAUUGAUUAAAUCAACGAAUUACUGAAUUUGAUAGACUUAUACAAUAUACAGUGUAUAUAGUGUUAGUAUUUAAAAAGUAUGAGUGACAUAAAAUCAGAAGAUAUAACUGGAACAGUAGUUGAAAAGGUUCAAGACACCAUAUCCGAAACUGAUCCAGAAUCUAAAAUUACUACUACAAGUUCAACUACUACUACUACUACCAAAACAAUUAUUACAUCUAAUGAAGAUGAUUUGGAUGAUUUGGAUGAUUUAUUGGAUGAUUUUGCCGAUGAUGUAUUAAGUAAACCUCCAGGAUCAGCAUUAGAAACAGGAACAGGACCAGUUGGAAGUGGUGAAGAUAAGAAAAGUACUGGUGGAAAUGCAAAUAUUGAAGAUGCAGAAUUUCAAAAUGGAAUUGCUGAAUUAAUGAAAGAUUUAAAUAUAGAAGAUAGUGACACUAAAGAUCAAUUUGAAGAUUUAGUUAAACAAUUUGAAUUAAAUCAUCGAGAAGAAAUUGAAGCUGAAGAAAAGAAACCAGGAAAUUUUGAAUAUGUUAUGAAAGAAACUAUGGAAAGAUUAAAGAAAUCAGGAGAAACAGUUGAUGAAAAAAUUAAUAAUGAUGCAUCAAGUGCUAAUCCUGAAGAUAUGUUAUCACAAUUAUUAGCUGGACUUGGAGGUUCAGGACCAGGAGCAGGACCAGGUGGUGAUGGUAAUUUUGAUAUGUCAAAAUUAUUAGUAGAUAUGUUAGAACAAUUAUCAUCUAAAGAAGUUUUAUAUGAACCAAUUAAAGAUCUUAAUACUAAAUUCCCAGAUUAUUUAAAGGAAAAUAAAGAGAAAUUAUCUGAAUUUGAUUAUACUAAAUAUAACAAACAAUAUGAUAUAACUAAUGAAAUAUUAUCAGUAUUUGAUUCUCCAACUUAUGAUGAUAAUAAUAAAGAUCAAAGAGAAAAAGUUAAUACUUUAUUAGAGUCUUUACAAGAAUUAGGUCAACCUCCAACUGAAUUAGUUGGAGAUUCAAAUGAUUUCCCAGGUUUAGGAAAUUUAGGUAAAACUGAUAAUGAUGCACUUGAUUUUAAUACUAAAGAUUUACCACCAAAUUUUGAAAAGGAAUUAGAAGAAGGAUGUAAACAGCAAUGAUUCAUUUAUGUAUAUAUUUAUAUAUAUAUUAUACAUAUAUAUUUAUUUAUUAAUUCUACAUAUUUAAACCACUUCUAU